AUGGAGGCGGAGGCGGCGGAGAGGGGACGGAAGGAGCGAGUUGCGGCCGUGGGUCACGCCGGGGUGGAGAUGGAGGUGGGUGCGGGUGCGGAGGUGGAGGAGGCGACAGAGGACGGGGAGAUCGGCGGAGAAGGCUCGGAAGCGGAGGAGGAGGAGGGCGACGGGACCGGGUGGGAGGACGGCGGCGCGUUCGAGGGGAAGGGGUCGAGGCCGCUGGUCUCGGCGGGGAGCCGCGGGUCCUGGAGGGGGAGGGGUGGGAGGGGCAGAGGAGGGUUUCACCACCGCGCUUGGUACGGCGACAGGAAUCUGCCACACCACAAAUUGGACAUAUUCAGCAUACCUGGUGUAUAUGGUGGUGCUAUUAUCCUCUGCAAUCAUGUGACUAAGCUGGAGAGCUUCAAGCAGAAACUUUUUGCCCUUCCUGAUUAUGCUACAUCAUUCAUAAGGAAGAUCAGAGCUGGUAUGCUUCUCUUUGUGUUUGAGCGUGAGGAGAAAAAACUUUCUGGCGUGUUUGAGGCAACUUCAGAUGGAGCACUGAAUAUCCUUCCUAAUGCAUUUCGUUCAUCACGGAAGCCCAGACCAGCCCAGGUUCGUUUCAGAAGAGUUUGGUUCUGUAAGCCCCUGACGGAAGCUGAAUUUUCUGAUGAAAUCAAAGGACUUCAACCCCAAAUGUCUUUCUUUGGUAUAUCAUACCAGCAGGUUUUAAAUCUUGUACACCUGUUUUCUUCAAAGAGGAUCAGUCUGGAGCCUUACAAGAAACCAAAAUCAAGAGUUAUAUCGGACUACAAUGUCUCUCUGGCUCGUGCUGGACUAGAGUCCAGUUUACACACUGGUGGCAAUGCCUUCCCUAACCGUUCAUCUUCUAUGCUAUGCAACAACAGAAUCUCCGCACCACGCACUCCCUUCAUGUAUGGGCAAAAAAAUGCCAAGCAUGCUGCUUAUAACCAUGAAUCUUCUUUGCACCCUCAUAUCAAGUCUAUGAUCUUCAAAGCGCCAGAUAUCAAAGCGCAAGUCUUGGAACCAAAUGCUGAUUUUAUACCACUUGAUCUAGAUGAUUAUAAGUCUGACAGUGAUGCAGUCCCUUCAGAUCUACUGGGACCUGCAGGCUUAUAUUUAGCAUUACCAGGCAGCAUCAUCAAUGAAGAUCAAGGUCCUGAACCUUUCAAUGUCAAGCACAAUGAGGAUGACAUGUAUCCUGCACCUGUGUUGAGCCAAAGCUUCCAUUCUCUAUGCGAAACAAGUCAAAACAGUGCCAUUGCUCAUUUCAUGAAAGAGAGGCAAUCAAGCAUGCAGGGCAGGGGAUGCAAACGCGUGUCAACCCUCCAGUUUGAUGGACACUCACAUCUCCCAUCCCCAAGGAGUUCCACUAUAGCAAAGAAGGUGUCAUUUAGCUUUGAUGCUGAUGAAAUUUCGGUUACCUCUGAUAAAGCAUUGAACAGACCUGCACUUGCUGAACUCGAACAAAACAGAGAAGCAGUUACCAAAGAAAGAAAGCAACAGGUCAGUUACUCGGUUCAGGGCACACAAAGCAAGAGUGGAGAUGAUUCAAAAAAGAGGAGUAAGCUAAUGAGCCUUUCCUUCGCAGAAAGAGUUGCUAGUCUACGUGUCAAGAGCUGCUUCGGCAAUAGCCAGUCAAUGCUGAUGCAGUCAAGCAAGCUGUCCUGCACACUUCUGCCCGAUGAGGAAUGA